AUGGCCUCGGAAGUGGUGUGCGGGCUCAUCUUCAGGCUGCUGCUCCCCAUCUGCCUGGCAGUAGCGUGUGCGUUCCGGUACAAUGGGCUCUCCUUUGUCUACCUCAUCUACCUCUUGCUCAUCCCUUUGUUCUCAGAACCAACAAAAACAACGAUGCAAGGACAUACGGGCCGGUUAUUAAAGUCUCUGUGCUUCACCAGUCUUUCCUUCCUGUUGCUGCACAUCAUUUUCCACAUCACAUUGGCUAGCCUGGAAGCUCAACACCGUAUUGGACCUAGUUACAACUGCUCCACAUGGGAAAAGACAUUUCGGCAGAUUGGCUUUGAAAGCUUAAAGGGAGCUGAUGCUGGCAAUGGGAUCAGAGUGUUCGUGCCUGAUAUCGGGAUGUUCAUUGCUAGUCUGACCAUCUGGCUCGUCUGCAGAAACAUUGUUCAGAAACCAGUGACAGAAGAAGCAGCACAGUAUAACUCGGAGUUUGAAAAUGAAGAAUUGGCUGGAGGAGAAAAAAUAGAUCCAGAAGAGGCACUGAUCUACGAAGAGGAUUUAGAUGAAGGGGACGGUGUUGAAGGCGAGGUGGAAGAGAGCACAAAAUUAAAAAUGUUCCGCAGACUCGCCUCUGUGGCCUCCAAGCUUAAGGAGUUUAUCGGCAACAUGAUCACCACCGCGGGAAAGGUCGUGGUGACGAUUUUACUCGGUUCGUCAGGUAUGAUGUUGCCAUCUUUGACCUCAUCUGUGUACUUCUUUGUAUUUUUGGGUCUGUGCACCUGGUGGUCCUGGUGCCGCACGUUCGAUCCGUUGCUGUUCAGCUGUCUCUGUGUUCUGCUGGCUAUUUUCACUGCGGGGCACUUGAUUGGACUUUAUUUAUACCAGUUCCAAUUCUUUCAAGAAGCGGUUCCACCCAAUGACUACUAUGCGAGGUUGUUUGGUAUCAAAUCAGUCAUUCACACGGACUGUUCCAGCACCUGGAAGAUCAUAGCAAACCCAGACCUGUCAUGGUAUCACCAUGCCAACCCCAUCGUCCUGCUGGUGAUGUACUACACCCUGGCAACGCUCAUCCGCAUCUGGCUACAGGAGCCCCUUGUGCAGGAUGACAGGACCAAGGAAGAGGACAGAGCCCUGGCUUGUAGCCCCAUCCAAAUAACAGCCGAGAGGAGGCGGAGCCUGUGGUACGCCACCCAUUACCCAACUGAUGAGAGAAAACUUUUAUCCAUGACCCAAGAUGACUACAAACCAUCCGAUGGCCUGCUGGUGACUGUGAACGGCAAUCCUGUAGACUACCACACCAUCCACCCCAGUCUGCCCAUCGAGAACGGCCCUGCCAAAGCCGACCUGUACUCCACUCCACAGUACCGGUGGGAGCCGUCGGAAGACUCCUCAGAAAAGAAAGAGGAAGAAGAGAAUGAGAAGGAAGAAUUUGAGGAGGAAAGGAGCCAUGAGGAGAAACAAAGUGUUAAAGUUCACGCCAUGGUCUCCGCGUUUCAGUUUAUUAUGAAACAAAGUUACAUCUGUGCCCUCAUUGCCAUGAUGGCUUGGAGCAUCACGUAUCACAGCUGGUUGACAUUUGUGUUGUUGAUUUGGUCAUGCACCCUUUGGAUGAUUCGCAACAGAAGAAAAUAUGCCAUGAUCAGCUCUCCUUUCAUGGUCGUCUAUGGAAAUCUGUUGCUGAUAUUACAGUAUAUAUGGAGUUUUGAACUUCCCGAAAUUAAAAAGGUCCCAGGAUUCUUGGAAAAGAAAGAACCAGGAGAACUUGCCUCAAAGAUACUUUUCACCAUUACUUUUUGGCUCCUGCUGAGGCAGCACCUCACCGAGCAAAAAGCUCUUCAAGAAAAGGAAGCUCUUUUAUCUGAGAUCAAAAUCGGAAGUCAGGAAAAUGAAGAAAAAGAUGAUGAGCAAGAUAUACAAAUGGAGGGAGAGGCUGAAGAGAAGGAGGAAGAGGAAGCCAAGGAAGAGAAGCAAGAGAGAAGGAAGGAAGAGGAAGAGGAAGUGGAGGAAGAUGAUGACCAGGACAUUAUGAAAGUGCUGGGCAAUCUGGUGGUGGCCAUGUUCAUCAAGUAUUGGAUCUACGUCUGUGGAGGAAUGUUCUUCUUCGUCAGCUUCGAGGGUAAAAUUGUGAUGUACAAAAUCAUCUACAUGGUGCUCUUUCUGUUCUGUGUGGCCUUGUAUCAGGUGCACUAUGAAUGGUGGAGGCGAAUCCUAAAGUACUUUUGGAUGUCUGUGGUUAUUUACACUAUGCUGGUGCUUAUCUUUAUCUACACAUAUCAGUUUGAGAACUUCCCAGGACUGUGGCAAAACAUGACUGGAUUAAAAAAAGAAAAGCUCGAGGAUCUUGGCUUAAAACAGUUUACUGUGGCAGAACUAUUCACUCGCAUAUUCAUCCCAACUUCCUUUCUGCUGGUGUGCAUUUUACACCUUCACUACUUCCAUGAUCGGUUCCUGGAGCUCACAGACCUGAAGUCCAUUCCCAGCAAGGAAGACAGCGCCAUCUACAGCCAUGCCAAAGUCAAUGGGCGCGUAUAUCUAAUAAUAAAUAGCAUCAAGAAAAAAUUACCAAUCCACCAAAAUGAACUGGCCCACCCCGAAGGAAGCCUUCCAGACCUUGCCAUGAUGAAUCUGACCACCAGCCUGGAGAAGCCGGACAUCAGGAAGCUGGCUGAGCAUGGGGAUGAUAAACCAGAGGGGUGCCCUGAGAAGGCUGAGCUUGGGAAAGACAGCGAGGAGGAGGAGGAGGAAGAGGAGGACGAAGAGGAAGAGGAGGAGGAGGAGGAAGAAGGGGAGGAAGAGACGUCAGAUUUAAGGAACAAAUGGCAUCUGGUGAUUGACCGCCUCACUGUGCUCUUCUUAAAAUUCCUGGAGUAUUUCCACAAGCUGCAGGUGUUCAUGUGGUGGAUUUUGGAGUUACAUAUCAUCAAAAUUGUUUCAUCGUACAUUAUCUGGGUUUCUGUGAAAGAGGUGUCUCUGUUCAACUAUGUCUUUUUGAUUUCUUGGGCUUUUGCUCUGCCAUACGCCAAGCUGCGCCGUCUGGCUUCGAGUGUCUGCACUGUCUGGACGUGUGUGAUCAUCGUCUGCAAAAUGUUGUACCAGCUGCAAACCAUUAAGCCUGAGAACUUUUCUGUUAAUUGUUCCUUGCCAAAUGAAAACCAAACGAAUAUACCCAUCCACCAGUUGAACAAGUCUCAGCUCUACAGCGCUCCUAUUGAUCCAACAGAAUGGGUGGGCCUGAGGAAGUCUUCCCCUCUGCUUGUCUACCUGAGGAAUAAUCUCCUGAUGUUGGCCAUUCUGGCCUUUGAGGUUACAAUUUACCGCCAUCAGGAAUACUAUCGAGGUCGAAACAACCUCACGGCCCCAGUGUCUAAAACCAUCUUUCAUGACAUUACAAGACUCCAUCUCGAUGACGGACUUAUUAAUUGUGCCAAAUAUUUCAUAAAUUACUUCUUCUACAAGUUUGGUCUGGAGACCUGUUUCCUAAUGUCAGUUAAUGUAAUCGGUCAGCGAAUGGAUUUCUAUGCCAUGAUUCACGCCUGCUGGCUGAUCGCUGUCUUAUAUCGGCGUAGAAGAAAGGCCAUUGCAGAGAUCUGGCCCAAGUACUGCUGCUUCCUGGCAUGCAUCAUCACCUUCCAGUACUUCAUCUGCAUCGGCAUCCCUGCAGCUCCUUGCAGAGAUUACCCAUGGAGAUUCAAGGGUGCUAGCUUCAAUGACAACAUCAUAAAGUGGCUGUACUUCCCAGACUUCAUUGUGCGGCCCAACCCUGUGUUUCUUGUCUAUGACUUCAUGCUGCUCCUGUGUGCCUCCCUGCAAAGGCAGAUCUUCGAGGACGAAAACAAGGCUGCAGUGCGGAUCAUGGCAGGGGACAACGUGGAGAUCUGCAUGAACCUUGACGCGGCCUCCUUCAGCCAGCAUAACCCCGUGCCAGAUUUCAUCCACUGCAGAUCGUACUUAGACAUGUCCAAAGUGAUCAUCUUCAGCUACCUCUUCUGGUUUGUCCUCACAAUCAUCUUCAUCACGGGGACAACCAGGAUCAGCAUCUUUUGCAUGGGUUACUUGGUAGCCUGCUUCUAUUUCCUGCUCUUUGGGGGUGAUUUGCUGCUGAAACCCAUUAAGAGCAUCCUGCGCUACUGGGACUGGCUGAUUGCAUACAACAUUUUUGUGAUUACGAUGAAAAACAUACUGUCAAUAGGAGCAUGCGGAUACAUUGAAAAAUUGGUUCAAAAUAGUUGCUGGUUGAUCCAAGCUUUCAGCCUGGCCUGCACUGUCAAAGGCUAUAAAAUGCCUGAUGAUGAUUCCUCGUGUAAACUACCCAGUGGUGAAGCAGGAAUUAUUUGGGACAGCAUAUGUUUUGCCUUCCUUCUGCUGCAAAGAAGAGUUUUCAUGAGUUACUAUUUCCUACAUGUUGUGGCUGAUAUAAAAGCUUCACAGAUCCUGGCUUCGAGAGGGGCUGAACUUUUCCAGGCCACAAUUGUAAAGGCUGUAAAGGCAAGAAUUGAAGAAGAGAAAAAGUCAAUGGAUCAGCUGAAGAGGCAGAUGGAUCGCAUCAAAGCCCGGCAACAGAAAUACAAAAAGGGUAAGGAGAGGAUGCUGAGCUUGACCCAGGAAUCAGGGGAAGGCCAAGACAUCCAAAAACUCUCUGAAGAGGAUGACGAAAGAGAAGCAGACAAACAGAAAGCCAAGGGCAAAAAAAAGCAGUGGUGGCGGCCUUGGGUUGAUCAUGCUUCCAUGGUCAGGAGUGGAGAUUAUUAUUUGUUUGAAACGGAUAGCGAAGAGGAGGAAGAGGAAGAAUUAAAAAAGGAAGAGGAAGAACCUCCAAGAAGGUCAGCUUUCCAGAGAGCUAUUGGGAAGUUUGCAUCGGCCAUUUUAGCCUUGCCAAAGUCUGUCAUUAAACUUCCCAAAACUAUUCUUCAGUAUUUAAUCAGAGCUGCAAAGUUUGUUUAUCAAGCCUGGAUCACUGACCCUAAAACAGCACUCCGACAGAGACGCAAAGAGAAAAAAAGGUCUGCAAGAGAGGAACAGAAAAGAAGGAGAAAAGGAUCUGGGGAGGGUCCUGUGGAGUGGGAAGACCUAGAGGAGGAACCAGUCAAAAAGAAAUCUGAUGGACCAGAUAAUAUCAUCAAGAGGAUAUUUAAUAUUUUGAAAUUCACCUGGGUUCUGUUUCUGGCAACAGUGGAUAGUUUCACAACUUGGCUUAACUCCAUUUCAAGGGAGCAUAUUGAUAUAUCUACAGUUCUGAGAAUUGAAAGAUGCAUGCUGACCAGAGAAAUUAAAAAGGGCAACGUUCCCACUCGGGAGAGCAUCCACAUGUACUACCAGAACCACAUCAUGAACCUUUCCAGAGAGUCUGGACUUGACACCAUUGAUGACCGUCCUGGCGUUGCUUCCGGUGCACAGCCAGCCCACAGGAUGGAUAGCUUAGAUUCACAUGACAGUAUCUCCAGCUGCUACACCGAAGCAACCAUGCUGUUCUCAAGGCAAUCUACCCUUGAUGAUUUAGAUGGACCAGAAACUGUUCCUAAAACAAGUGAGCGUGCUCGACCUAGGCUUCGUAAAAUGUUCAGCAUGGAUAUGUCCUCCUCAUCAGCUGACAGUAGCAGUUUAGCAUCAAGCGAGCCCACUCAGUGCACCAUGCUGUACUCGCGCCAGGGGACCACGGAGACCAUAGCGGAGGUGGAGGCCGAGCAGGACGACGAGGCGGCGGCCGGAGACGCGGGGCAGGGCGGGGAGGCCACGGCGGACGUGGGGCCGGAGGAGGCCUCGGAGGCCUCAGACGUCGGCCUCACCCCGGAGGCUGAGCUGCCGCAGUACUCCACCGAGGACGGGGACGUGGAGGCCCCGCCGUCCUACAGCAAGGCAGUCAGCUUCGAGCGCCUGUCCUUCUGCUCGAGGGAUGACUCUGCAGGCCAGAGCCACAUGGCCGUGAGUCCUGACGACAGCCGCUCGGACAGGCUCGAGUCCAGCAUCUUACCGCCCCUGACUCACGAGCUGACAGCCAGCGAGCUGCUGCUGAACAAGAUGUUCCAUGAUGACGAGCUUGAAGAGUCAGAGAAAUUCUACGUCGGCCAGCCCCGGUUCUUGCUGUUGUUCUAUGCCAUGUACAACACUCUGGUGGCUCGCUCAGAAAUGGUGUGCUAUUUUGUGAUCAUACUAAACCACAUGGUCUCUGCCUCCAUGAUCACCCUUGUGCUCCCCAUUCUGAUCUUCCUGUGGGCCAUGCUGUCUGUCCCCAGGCCCAGUAGACGAUUCUGGAUGAUGGCCAUUGUCUACACAGAGGUGGCAAUUGUGGUCAAGUAUUUCUUCCAAUUUGGGUUCUUUCCCUGGAACAAGAAUGUGGAAUUGAACAAAGAUAAACCUUACCACCCACCUAAUAUCAUAGGAGUGGAAAAGAAAGAAGGUUAUGUCCUUUACGAUCUCAUUCAGCUCCUGGCUCUUUUCUUCCAUCGGUCAAUUUUGAAGUGCCAUGGCUUGUGGGAUGAAGAUGACAUCACCGACAGUGGCACAGACAAGGAAGAGUCAGAUGAUGAGCUCUCCCUCAGUCGUGGCAGGAGAGCCUCCUCCGAUUCUCUCAAAUCCAUCAACCUGGCCGCAUCGGCAGAGUCGGUACACGUAUCCUUCCCGGAGCAGCCCACUGCCAUCCGGAGGAAGCGAUCGGGAAGCAGCUCCCAGAUAUCCCCCAGAUCCAGCUUUUCUUCCAAUAGGUCCAAAAGAGGCAGCACAAGCACCCGGAACAGCAGUCAAAAAGGAAGCAGUGUUUUAAGCAUCAAGCAGAGAAGCAAAAGGGAGCUUUAUAUGGAAAAGCUUCAAGAACAUUUAAUCAAAGCUAAAGCAUUUACCAUAAAGAAGACUCUGCAAAUAUAUGUGCCCAUCAGACAGUUCUUCUACAACCUCAUCCACCCAGACUACAGUGCUGUGACCGACGUGUAUGUGCUCAUGUUCCUGGCUGACACUGUUGACUUUGUCAUCAUCGUCUUUGGCUUCUGGGCCUUCGGGAAACACUCAGCAGCAGCAGACAUCACCUCUUCACUGUCAGAGGACCAGGUUCCUGGGCCAUUUUUGGUGAUGGUCCUCAUUCAGUUUGGAACCAUGGUGGUGGACCGAGCCCUAUACCUCAGGAAGACUGUACUGGGAAAGGUCAUUUUUCAGGUCAUUCUCGUGUUUGGAAUUCACUUCUGGAUGUUCUUCAUCUUGCCUGGUGUGACUGAGAGGUAA